GAGGAAUUCAUGAUUGUUAUUACCCGACGUGAAGCUGCUUUGGCCCUGACACCUUACAAUCAUCCAUUUACCACUCUUUCGAAACUACUGGACCGGCUUGACAUCCGUCAUUACCAACAGCACAAGAUCUUUGGCCAGACUUUUGGACCUUGACAUUCUUUGCAUGUGAUUGAGGAGAUCACCAGCAUCGCAACCAGUCCAACUCCAUACUUCGCAGCAACCACCCAAGACUAGAGCCGAACAUGGACAUGUCAAUGUCAAUGACGUCUGCGACAGCGACAGGCACCAUGGCAAUGUCAUCGUCGACGUCUACAUCAUCUUCGAUGGCGAUGGACGCCGAGUCGAUGGCCAUGGUCUUCUACGUCUCUUCUUCCACGCCUCUUUGGUCCGCAUCUUUUACGCCUCACAGCACCGGAGAGUAUGCCGGGAUUUGCAUUUUCCUGAUCGCACUAGGCACGAUGUUCAGGUUAUUGCUGGCGUUUCGCCUCAACUUCUUCGGCAUUCUCGCUGCUGUAAGGCAGAACCGGUACAAUGGACUAAUACAAUCGCAUACCAUGGAGGAUAAGACGAAGCCAAGGCCAUGGAGGGCGGACGAAGCCGUCAUGGUAGCGGCACUGGAUGUUGUAGUCGCAGGUGUGAGCUAUCUGCUGAUGCUCGCGGUGAUGACCUUCAACGUUGGGUACUUUUUGUCCGUUCUUGCUGGCGUGUUUCUUGGGAGUCUGGUCUGCGGUCGGUUCACUGGAAGUGCUGGGACACACUGAGCAGCUGGUCUCGCUCCUAGGCCGAGUCACACAGACUCAUUUCGCUCUAGUUUUUUCUCAGUCAGUUUUGUAGUCAUCUUCAACCGAUACCCUAAUCAAGAUAGGUCACUUAUCUGGUAGGCAAUGUAGCUUUCUCUUCAUAACGAACUAUAUUGUCGAACCUCAUCCGAAUCGC